CUUCCUCGAGCGAGCGGCGGUCGGAGACGCUAGAAUGUUGGCAACUACGGCAUUUCGUCUUGUUGGUAAACGGGCCUUGUCCACCUCCAUCUGCCUUCGUGGUGCACAUGGAGUUGCGAAGGUCGAGGACUACUCACUCCCUGCAUACUUUGACCGACGAGAGAGUCCUCUUCCGGAAAUCAAGUUUGUGCAGCAGCUGAGUGCUGAUCAAAAGUCUCUCAAGGAGAAAGAGAAGGGAUCCUGGGCUGCACUGUCCAAAGAGGAAAAGAUUGCAUUAUAUCGUAUCAGCUUCAAGGAAAGCUUUGCUGAAAUGAAUCAAGGAUCAGGAGAGUGGAAAUCUGUGGUUGCAGGAAUCUUCUUCUUUGUCGGCUUGACUGGCUUAGUAGUUUUGUGGCAGAGGAAAUACGUUUAUGGAGAUGUCCCCAAUACUUUUGAUCCUGAAUACAAGCAGAAGGAGAUCCAGAGGAUGCUGGAUAUGAGAAUCAACCCUGUUCAGGGAUUUGCUGCCAAAUGGGACUAUGAAAACAACGCUUGGAAGAAAUAAAUGAUGUAAAAAUUGAUCUGUUGGACCAGGCACACACACACCCUCUAACCAAUAAAAAGAAAAGUCUGCAAUUAUUGUUUGUCCACCUGUUACCUUCAAAUGGUUUUGGAAGAUGACUUCCUCUUAAGGUUAUGUAUCAUAAAUAAAAUGUCAAUAUCUCUCAAA